UACAUUCCUCAAUUUUGUCAACUUCCGGUGCAAUAACAACGUGCGAAAUGAGUUUUGCAAAAUACAAAGAUAAAAUAGAAAAUGGAGACACUGUCAUGUUGUAUCUUGGGUUCGAUAAUAUGCAUACAAUUGUUGUGAAGAAAAAUGACACUUUUCAAACUCGAUAUGGUGCUCUUAGACACGCUGAUUUGAUAGGGGUGCGAUACGGUAGUAAGGUCCAAUGUAAGAAAGGCUACGUAUAUGUUCUUUACCCCACAGCAGAGUUCUGGACCACUAAUUUACCACACAGGACACAGAUAUUGUAUUCAACAGACAUCAGUUUAAUAACACUGCAGCUUGACCUUAAGCCUGGCUCAGUUGUGGUAGAAUCAGGUACUGGCAGUGGGUCACUGUCCCACGCAAUCAUCAGAACUAUAGCUCCUACUGGACAUCUUCACACAUUCGAGUUCCAUGACCAAAGGGCAAAAGUUGCUGAAGAAGAAUUUAAACAACAUGGUAUAUCUGACAAUGUGACUGUGACACAUAGAGAUGUUUGCCAGGACGGAUUCCAGUUGGACCAUGUAGCUGAUGCUGUAUUUUUAGAUCUACCAAAACCAUGGGAAGCCAUCAAAAGUGCCAAACAAUCCCUAAAACUGGAAGGUGGAAGACUGUGUUCAUUUUCUCCAUGUAUAGAGCAAGUACAGAGGACAUGUGAAACACUGACACAGCAUGGUUUUGUGGAAUUGAAAACAUUUGAAUGUCUGCUCAGAAAUCAUGAUGUUAGAACAAUAAAUCUGCCCAAAGCAGAUCUAGGACCAAAGGAACCUCCAACUGAAAAUAUUCAAACUGAAUUAGGUGAUGAUACUGAAGUAGAAGCAGCAGCUGAAACAGAAAGUGUUGAAAGUAAAGAUAAGGUACUAGAAAAAGGCAGUAAUAUUGAAGCUGAUACAGAAGUUAAGAGUGCGGAUAUUGAAGAAACAAAGAAAAAGAGAGCAGUGGACAAUGAUACUAAACAUGGAACAACAAAGAAGCAAAAGAAAGAGAGAAUAGAUAAUACGAGACAUAAUUUUGAUUUGAUAGGGUAUAAAGAUGAGCAGAGUUUUUUCUUUAAGACUGCAGCACCGCCAGUACAGAUGCCUGGUCAUACUGGCUUUCUCACUUUUGCUACACUAUAUCCAUCUUGAUGUUUCUAGGUAUUUACUUAGGUUAACUAUCUAUAUAUAUUUUUAGCUCACCUGUCACAAAGUGACAAGGUGAGCUUUUGUGAUCGCGCGGUGUCCGUCGUCCGUCCGUGCGUCAGUCCGUGCGUGCGUCCGUAAACUUUUGCUUGUGACCACUCUAGAGGUCACCUUUUUCAUGGGAUCUUUAUGAAAGUUGGUCAGAAUGUUUAUCUUGAUGAUAUAUAGGUCAAGUUCGAAACUGGGUCACGUGCCAUCAAAAACUAGGUCAGUAGGUCUAAAAAUAGAAAAACCUUGUGACCUCUCUAGAGGCCAUAUAUUUCACAAGAUCUUCAUGAAAAUUGGUCAGAAUGUUCAUCUUGAUGAUAUCUAGGUCAAGUUCGAAACUGGGUCACGUGCCAUCAAAAACUAGGUCAGUAGGUCUAAAAAAUAGAAAAACCUUGUGACCUCUCUAGAGGCCAUAUUUUCACAAGAUCUUCAUGAAAAUUGGUCAGAACGUUCACCUUGAUGAUAUCUAGGUCAAGUUCGAAACUGGGUCACGUGCCUUCAAAAACUAGGUCAGUAGGUCAAAUAAUAGAAAAACCUUGUGACCUCUCUAGAGGCCAUAUUUUUCAUGGGAUCUGUAUGAAAAUUGGUCUGAAUGUUCAUCUUGAUGAUAUCUAGGUCAAGUUCGAAACUAGGUCACGUGCGGUCAAAAACUAGGUCAGUAGGUCUAAAAAUAGAAAAACUUUGUGACCUCUCUAGAGGCCAUAUAUUUCAUGAGAUCUUCAUGAAAAUUUGUCAGAGUGUUCAGCUUGAUGAUAUCUAGGUCAAGUUCGAAAGUGGGUCACGUGCCUUCAAAAACUAGGUCAGUAGGUCAAAUAAUAGAAAAACCGUGUGACCUCUCUAGAGGCCAUAUUUUUCAUGGGAUCUGUAUGAAAGUUGGUCUGAAUAUUCAUCUUGAUGAUAUCUAGGUCAAGUUCGAAAGUGGGUCACGUGCCUUCAAAAACUAGGUCAGUAGGUCAAAUAAUAGAAAAACAUUGUGACCUCUCUAAAGGCCAUAUUUUUCAUGUGAUCUGUAUGAAAAUUGGUCUGAAUGUUCAUCUUGAUGAUAUCUAGGUCAAGUUCGAAACUGGGUCAACUGCGGUCAAAAACUAGGUCAGUAGUUCUAAAAAUAGAAAAACCUUGUGACUUCUCCAGAGGCCAUACUUGUGAAUGGAUCUUCAUGAAAAUUGGUCAGAAUGUUCACCUUGAUGAUAUCUAGGUUAAGUUAAAAUUGGAACUGGGUCAUGUACCUUAAAAAACUAGGUCAGUAGGUCAAAUAAUAAAAAAAACCUUGCUACCUCUCUAGAGGCCAUACUUUUCAUGGGAUCUGUAUGAAAGUUGGUCUGAAUGUUCAUCUUGAUGAUAUCUAGGUCAAGUUUGAAACUGGGUCACAUGCGGUAAAAAACUAGGUCAGUAGGCCUAAAAUUAUUAAAAUCUUUCGACCUCUCUAGAGGCCAUAUUUUUCAAUGGAUCUUCAUGAAAAUUGAUCUGAAUGUUCACCUUGAUGAUAUCUAGGUCAGUUUCGAAACCGGGUCACGUGCGGUCAAAAACUAGGCCAGUAGGUAUAAAAAUAGAAAAACCUUGUGACCUCUCUAGAGGCCAUAUUUUUCAUGAGAUCUUCAUGAAAAUUAGUGAGAAUGUACACCUUGAUGAUAUCUAGGUCAAGUUCAAAACAGGGUCACGUACCUUCGAAAACUAGGUCAAUAGGUCAAAUAAUAGAAAAACCUUGUUACCUCUCUAGAGACCAUAUUUUUCAAUGGAUCUUCAUGAAAAUUGGUCAGAAUUUUUAUCUUGAUAAUACCUAGGUCAAGUUCAAAACUAGGUCACUAUGUCAAAUAAUAGAAAAAACGACGUCAUACUCAAAACUGGGUCAUGUGGGAAGAGGUGAGCGAUUCAGGACCAUCAUGGUCCUCUUGUUUUAUUAUCAUUAUUUUUUUUUUUUUUUUUGCUUUUUACUUUUUUUUACGUAAUAGCAAUUUACAAUGAACUUCAUUUAAAGAAAGUUGAUGUGCCAUGUGUUUAGGUAUCAGUUAUAAUUGAAAUUUAUGUUCUGGUUUGGAUGAAAGUUCAGGAUUUUGAGUAUGUAUUAAAAAAACGCCUAAUAUUAGCACUGAACAAAAUUAUUCAAAAAAAUAAAUUGAUGAAUUUGUUGACAACCCAGUAGUGUUCCAUGAAUUCAUUACAUAUAUAUUUAUUUAAAUUUUCAGUGAAUAAAAUGCAGUUCAGACUUUCA